UUGCCGUUGAUACGAUUUGGCGCGGCGAAGAACAUACCAAACUGAAUUUCCAACUCACAAACUCAGCGACUGAGUGAAAUGCUCUCACCAACAUUCAUAUUACCCCAAAUUACUCUCUUUCACCCACCUUCCCUUCCCUAUAUUCAACCACCCAAAUCACCAAACCACUCAGAAAACUUCAAAACUACAGUUCCAAAGAGUUCUCACCAUGAUUACCCCCAAAAUCUUCCUUCUUUUUCUUCCAAAAAUCCACCAUUAACAAACCAUUUGCCCAAUGUUUCAAGCUCCCAAGAAGACCCACAACCCAAUUUCCCUAAUGAUUCGUUGAUCAAUCAAUUGGGUGAUUCUGAUGUGCUUGCUUCCCAGCUUCAGUUGUGUGAUAGAGUAAAAGAAGUUAGGAAGUUACAUACAAUUGUUAUAAAGUGUUUGAUGAGCUCGGUCGUAUUUGUGGAUAACAAUUUGAUUAGUGCUUAUGCGAGAAUUGGGGAUUUAGUUGCUGCGCGUAAGGUGUUUGAUAAAAUGUCGGAACGAAAUGUUGUUUCUUGGACUGCUAUUCUUAAUGGGUAUUUAAGGUUUGGGCUUGAUGAUGAAGCCUUCGUGUUUUUCAGGGAAAAUAUUGGAAGAGGAGUUCAGGCGAUGAACUUUAAGACUUUUGUGUGUGUAUUAAAUUUAUGCAGUAGGAGAUUAGAUUAUGAGCUUGGGAAACAAAUUCAUGCUUGUAUAAUAAAAGGAAAUUGGAGUAAUUUAAUUGUAGACAGUGCAAUUGUCUACUUUUAUGCACAAUGUGGUGAUCUAUCAGGUGCAUUUCGUGCGUUUGAUCGGAUGCCAAAUCACGAUGUAGUUAGUUGGACAACAAUGAUCACUGCUUGCUCACGGCAUGGGUGGACAGAGGAGGCCUUUCUGUUAUUCUCACGAAUGCAAUUUGAAGGAUUUUCCCCAAAUGAGUUUACAGUUUGUAGUGUUCUGAAGGCUUGUGGAGAUGAGGCGGCAUUGAAGUUUGGGAGACAAUUACAUGGGGCCGUAGUUAAGAAGAUAUUCAAAAAUGAUGUGUUUAUAGGGACUUCUUUAGUCGAUAUGUAUUCGAAAUGCAAGGAGAUUGUGGACUCUAGGAAAGUGUUUGAUGGAAUGAGGAAGAGAAACACAGUCACUUGGACUUCCAUUAUAGCAGGGUAUGCUCGGAAUGGACUUAGUGAGGAGGCCAUAAGUCUAUUUCGGAUAAUGAGAAGACGUAAAAUACUUGCUAACAACUUGACCAUGGUGAGCAUCCUCAGGGCAUGUGGCUCGGUUGGAGGUUUGGCGUUGGGAAAGGAAGUUCAUGCUCAAUUAGUCAAGAAUUCAACUCAAAGCAAUAUUUACAUAGGAAGCACUCUUGUGUGGCUCUAUUGCAAAUGUAGGGAGUACUCUGUUGCAUCCACGAUCCUCCAAGAAAUGCCUUUAAAAGAUGUAGUCUCGUGGACUGCCAUGAUUUCUGGUUGUGCAGGUCUUGCCCACGAAUCCGAGGCUCUUGAAUUCUUGAAAGAAAUGUUAGGGGAAGGUGUUGAGCCAAACCCUUUUACCUAUUCAUCUGCUUUGAAAGCUUGUGCCAAACUAGAAAAUAUUCAUCAAGGGAGAUUGAUCCACUCCUCUGUGAACAAGACCCCAGCCUUCUCUAAUGUGUAUGUGGGCAGCGCUUUAAUUUUUAUGUAUGCAAAAUGUGGGUAUGUUUCGGAGGCAAUUCAAGUUUUUGAUAGCAUGCCAGAACGGAAUUUGGUUUCUUGGAAAGCUAUGAUUAUGGGUUAUGCAAAGAAUGGGUUAUGCCGAGAGGCUUUGAAGCUCAUGUAUCGAAUGCAAGCAGAGGGAGUUGAGGUGGAUGAUUACAUACUUACAACGGUUCUUACUGCUUGUGGAGAUGUUGAUUGGAAUGUGGAGCCUGCACCUAAGCAUUGCUUGCAGUUGACUUGAUCUUUCAUGAUAACAGAAUUCCAGUUUUUGAUUUGGAAUUCUGAAUGGAAUUGUAGAUGGCUGGUCUGAUCAAGAUCUAUUGACUAAAUUGUGGAAUAUAGAUUGAAUGUUGGAUUAAAAACAUAUAACAGUGAAUCAGUAUGAGAAGCUGUCUCCAUAUGCGAAGCCCUCCUUCCUAGGGAGAGGAAGACAGAAAGGGAAAAAAGGUUCAGUUCAGUUCUCAUUCAUUGGCGGGGGGAUUUGUCCUACACCGCUUCUUGAGAAUCUUGUGACAUUACCAAAUCACUUGUUGUACAGUGAUGUUUCAUGUAUCAUUGAUGUAAUGUGAAUUCAUUACAUUAGAAAUUUGUCCAUAAUUGAGUAUUGCACCCUAAGGGAAACAGAUUAUAGGUUGAUUGAUUUCAAUCUUGUGUAUAGAAAUUAUCUUCUUAAUUUUUUCCUU